AUGGACCAUCAACACGAACCCGACGAUACGUCGGCGUCCGAACAACAUGACUACUUCUCUGAAACCGAAAAAGAAGAACAAGAACGGAAAUCAGAAGAUCUGCCCGUCCGAAAGCUUAACACUCACGAUUUCACCAGCGUGGAAACCUUACACGUACCUCAUACCAACAUCCGCGAAGCCAGCAGUGCCGAAACCCUAUAUGCUGCCAAUGCCAAGACACCCGAACCCCCCAAGAAGGACAACACCUGGCACAUGAAACACCAUGUCGUUCGGAAUGCAGAGCGUGAUGAAGCCGCCGGUUUCAAAAGACGUGAGCUCGGUGUUACAUGGCAAGACCUGACAGUCGACGUCCUUGCCGCCGAGGCCGCCGUCAAUGAAAACAUGAUCUCGCAAUUCAAUAUUCCCCAAUUGAUCCGAGACUUCCGCCGCAAGCCACCACUCAAGUCUAUUUUGUCAGAGAGUCAUGGCUGUGUCAAGCCUGGCGAAAUGCUUCUUGUUUUGGGCCGGCCUGGCUCAGGCUGUACUACGCUUCUCAAGAUGCUCUCCAACCGCCGUGAGGGCUACCAUUCCAUAAAGGGUGACGUGCGCUUUGGAAACAUGAGCGCUAGCGAGGCCGAAAAAUAUAAUGGUCAGAUCGUUAUGAACACGGAAGAAGAACUGUUCUAUCCCAGAUUGACGGUCGGCCAGACCAUGGACUUUGCUACCAAGAUGAAAGUGCCAUUCCAUCUGCCAGAUGGCACAAAUAGUGCUACAGAUCAUACAGCCGAAACAAAGCAGUUCCUCUUGGAGUCCAUGGGAAUCGCCCACACAGCCGAUACAAAGGUCGGCAAUGAGUUCGUCCGUGGUGUAUCCGGUGGCGAGCGGAAGCGAGUGUCUAUUAUUGAAUGUCUUGCAACCAAGGGCUCUAUUUUCUCCUGGGAUAACAGUACCCGUGGUUUGGAUGCUAGCACUGCAUUGGAGUGGGCAAAGGCUCUUCGUGCCAUGACCGACGUCCUCGGUCUUUCGACGAUUGUCACCCUGUACCAAGCAGGAAACGGAAUUUAUAACCUCUUCGACAAAGUAUUGGUUCUCGAUGAGGGCAAGCAGAUCUACUAUGGCCCAGCUGCCGAAGCCAAGCCCUUCAUGGAAGACCUCGGCUUUGUUUACACUGAUGGUGCAAAUGUUGGCGAUUUCCUCACUGGUUUGACAGUCCCAACGGAGCGAAAAAUCAGACCAGGCUGCGAAAACACAUUCCCCAGAAAUGCUGAUGCCAUUUUGGCCGAAUACCAAAAGUCCGAGACUUACAAAAAGAUGGUAUCUCACUAUGACUAUCCGGACACCGACAUGAGCCGUGAGCGUACGGAUGCAUUCAAACAUUCUGUUGCAUGGGAAAAGUCGAAGCAUCUCCCCAAGGGAAGCAACUUGACCACCAGUUUCUGGGCUCAGGUCAGCGCCUGCACGAGCCGACAAUAUCAGAUCUUGUGGGGUGAGAAAUCAACCUUCUUGAUCAAACAGGUUUUAUCAUGUGUGAUGGCCUUGAUUGCCGGUUCGUGUUUCUAUGACUCCCCGAACACGUCUGAGGGACUCUUCACCAAAGGUGGUGCUGUCUUCUUCUCUCUGUUGUAUAACUGCAUUGUGGCCAUGUCCGAGGUUACCGAAUCCUUCAAGGGCCGCCCGGUUUUGGUUAAGCACAAGUCAUUUGCUAUGUAUCACCCGGCUGCGUUUUGCUUGGCUCAAAUCACAGCCGAUUUCCCGGUUCUAUUGUUCCAGUGCUCGAUCUUCUCGGUUGUCAUCUAUUGGAUGGCUGGCCUGAAACACACUGCGGCUGCUUUCUUCACCUUCUGGAUCAUCUUGUUCACCACGACCUUGUGCAUUACUGCUUUGUUCAGAUUUAUCGGUGCCGCCUUCAGUACAUUUGAGGCUGCCUCGAAGAUCUCAGGAACUGCUGUCAAGGCUAUCGUCAUGUAUGCUGGUUACAUGAUUCCGAAGCCUAAGAUGAAGAACUGGUUCAUUGAACUGUACUACACGAACCCCUUUGCAUACGCAUUCCAAGCCGCAAUGUCCAAUGAGUUCCAUGAUCGCCAUAUCCCUUGUGUUGGUCAGAAUUUGAUCCCCAGCGGUCCUGGUUAUGAGGAUGUUGGAUCUGCCAACAAAGCCUGUGCUGGUAUUGGUGGCGCUUUGCGAGGUGCAGACUAUGUCACCGGUGAUCAGUACCUCGGCUCUCUUCAUUACAAGGCCUCUCAAAUGUGGAGAAACUUUGGUGUUGUCUGGGGAUGGUGGGGAUUCUUUGCCAUUCUCACCAUCAUUUGCACGAGCUACUGGAAGUCCGGUGGAGCAUCCGGUGCAUCUCUGCUCAUCCCCCGCGAGAAGCUGAAGAAGCACCAGGCUGCUAGCUCUGACCCAGAGGCUCAAACCAGGGAAAAGGAACCUGCGCGCCAAAUCACUGAUGAACCUGUUGAGGUCCAAGAUGAUAACCUCUCUCGCAACACGUCUAUUUUCACCUGGAGAAACCUCACCUAUACCGUCAAGACGCCAACCGGUGAUCGAGUGCUUUUGGACAAUAUUCACGGCUGGGUCAAGCCAGGUAUGCUGGGUGCCCUCAUGGGAUCUUCCGGUGCUGGAAAGACCACCCUUCUCGACGUCCUUGCCCAGAGAAAGACAGACGGUACCAUCAAAGGUUCUAUCAUGGUUGAUGGACGACCACUUCCGGUCUCCUUCCAAAGAAUGGCUGGCUAUUGUGAGCAGCUCGAUGUUCACGAGCCAUUCGCCACCGUGAGAGAAGCCCUUGAGUUCUCUGCUCUACUGCGCCAGUCUCGCACCACUCCCAAAGCAGAAAAGCUCAAGUACGUCGACACUAUCAUUGAUCUUUUGGAGCUCCACGAUCUGGCCGAUACUAUGAUCGGUUCUGUUGGCAAUGGCCUUAGCGUCGAGCAAAGGAAACGUGUCACAAUCGGUGUGGAACUAGUGUCCAAGCCUAGUAUUCUGAUCUUCUUGGACGAGCCGACUUCUGGUCUUGAUGGACAAUCAGCCUUUAACACAGUGCGUUUCCUUCGAAAGUUGGCCGAUGUAGGUCAGGCUAUUCUGGUCACAAUUCAUCAACCCUCGGCACAGCUCUUUGCUCAGUUCGACACUCUUCUGCUUUUAGCCAAGGGUGGAAAGACUGUCUAUUUCGGAGAUAUUGGUGACAACGCCGCCACAAUCAAGCACUACUUUGGUCAAUAUGGAGCUCAGUGCCCCUCUGAUGCCAACGCAGCCGAGUUCAUGAUCGACGUGGUCACAGGUGGUAUCGAAGCCGUCAAGGAUAAGGACUGGCAUCAGAUCUGGCUGGAUUCCCCCGAGCAAACACAGAUGAUCCAGGAACUGGACGGCAUGAUCGAAGAAGCUGCCGCCAAGCCCCCAGGAACGGUUGAUGAUGGAUUUGAAUUUUCGAUGUCUCUUUGGGAUCAGACUAAAAUCGUCACUCAACGCAUGAACGUUGCUCUCUUCCGAAACACCAACUACGUUAACAACAAAUUCUCUCUGCAUAUCAUUUCGGCUCUUCUGAACGGUUUCUCCUUCUGGCGUCCCGGUCCUAGUGUGACAGCUUUGAACCUGAAGAUGUUCACAAUCUUCAACUUUGUCUUCGUCGCUCCCGGUGUCAUUAACCAGCUUCAGCCUCUUUUCAUCCAGCGCCGAGACAUCUACGAUGCCCGUGAAAAGAAGUCCAAGAUGUAUUCGUGGGUUGCGUUCGUGACUGGACUCAUUGUUUCCGAAUUCCCCUAUCUUUGCAUCUGUGCUGUCCUCUACUUUGCAUGCUGGUACUAUCCCGUUUGGAGACUGCCUCACGACUCUGACCGAUCUGGAGCCAUCUUCUUCGUUAUGCUGAUCUACGAGCUGAUCUAUACCGGCAUCGGUCAGUUUGUCGCUGCUUAUUCUCCCAACCCGACCUUUGCUGCUCUGGUGAACCCCUUGGUGAUCAGUUUCCUUGUACUCUUCUGCGGUGUGUUUGUCCCAUACGAACAGCUCAGCGUCUUCUGGAGAUACUGGGUGUACUGGCUCAACCCGUUCAACUACGUCGUCUCUGGAAUGUUGACCUUCGGUAUCUGGGGUGUGAAGGUCACUUGCAACGAGGAUGAGUUCGCCUACUUUAACCCUACCAACGGAACCUGUGGACAGUACCUGUCAGACUAUAUGGCCGGCGAUGGCUGGAGAAUCAAUCUGCUCAACCCGGACGCUACCUCCGAUUGUAAGGUCUGCCAAUACAGAGAUGGCAGCGACUUCCUGACGACCCUCAACAUCAAUCAUUACUAUGUUGGAUGGAGAGAUGCGGCUAUCUGUGUGAUCUUCGCUAUCAGUGGAUAUGCCUUGGUGUUUGCUUUGAUGAAGUUGAGAACCAAGGCUUCGAAGAAAGCCGAAUAG